GUAUGAUGUACACGCGUGAUGAAAUAAUACAGGCAAUGUUGAAAUCCGAUUUUGAGUAAUGUAUGUGCGUGCUGCUCCUUACCUGCUUUUGAGACAGGGAGCCUCUCUAAGGUACACACUUGAUGGUCUAAAUCAUCUCAAGAACAUCUCUUACGACUAGAAUCAAAUGAUACCUCUGCCCUUUAGAACAACGGUGCAAAUCCCACAGGACUUUUACAUACAGCAUUUUGGAUUAUCUCCUUCAGUCACCGUCCCAAACACGCGAACAGUGUCAUGGCAGGGAAAUGGUUGAAAGAACAUGCCCAUUUUGCCUGUAUUGCUCUUGCAAGUGCAGGAAUUUCCUAUGGCUUCUAUCAUCGCGAAGAAGCAGUGAGAAAACUUUGCUCAAGGCGUCUCACGGGAUGUUUAAAGAAAACAGAAAGAGAAAUUCACAUUGUUACAAAUUCUGAAGAAUGGUUGCAGAUAUUUCCAGCUUUUUCAAGACAAGUAAAAUCCGAUGGUGCCGUUGGGUUUGACUGUGAAUGGGUUCAUGUCAAAAACCAGCGCCGUCCAGUAGCUCUUCUGCAGUUGGCCUCCUCCUUUGGAAUGUGUGUGCUCAUACGUCUAUCACAGAUGAAAGAUGACAUUCCAGAGACACUGAAGGAAUUCUUAGAAGAUGGCUCAUUGCUGAAGGUGGGAGUUGAUUCACUGAAAGAUGGAUAUCAUCUUGCAGCAGACUAUGGAUUAAUGGUGCAUGGAUGUGUUGAUUUACGUCAUUUAGCUCUACAAGACCAGCAGGCAGGUGACGAGGGGAAAGCUUCCCCAAAAAAACAGUUAAAUGGCCUAGGAUUAAAUGCACUAACAGAGAUGUAUCUUGACCGCUCUUUAGAUAAGAGCUGGAGAGUGAGAGCAAGUGAUUGGGAGGCUGAAAAACUCACCCAAAGACAGAUACGGUAUGCAGCAGAAGAUGCUUUGUCAGGAAUCCGCAUCCUGAUAAAGAUCUUAGACUGUUACUGGCAACCAUCAUCUCUCACUUUAUAUAUUGCUCCAGAAGCCUAUUGGUACCAAGAAGUACAGUCUGCCUUACAAAGAAUGUGUCACCAAUGGAUUGACAGAAAGUUUACAGAUGUAAAAGCAGAUUUUGCACCAAGUGUCGGCAAAGGUAGUGGUCAGCCCUCAGUACCUGCAAAGAUGAAGAAGAUCAAAGAUGGGUUUUCAGCAUGUAAAGGACCACAUUACUAUAAUAGUCUGCUUUAUGCACCAGAUGAUCAGCUGUUAUGUACAUGCGACUCCAAAAAGGCUUUGUGGUAUGUUGCGAAGGGCUUAGGUGAAAUUGUCUCCGAAGAUCCUCUCACUGUUCGCCUGAAAUUUGAACCUACUGGACGACCACAGUACCAGGAAGGAGAUGGGGAGUUUUACCUUCAAGAACGUCUCAAUAAAUGUGUGGUAUGUGGCAAAGAAGAGAAGUUAAUGAAGAAGAAUGUUGUUCCUCAUGAGUAUCGUAAGCAUUUCCCAGAUAUUUUAAAGACUCACCAAAGUCAUGAUGUUAUUCUUUUGUGCAGUGAUUGCUUUCAGACUAGUAACAGUGAGGAUGAUCUCCUGCGUGCACAGCUUGCUGAAGAGUGUGAUGCUCCCAUUGGAAUUGAACAUGACAACCAGGUUCAGGUUGAACGGGAAUGUAAAUUAGUGCGAAAUGCUGGUAGAACAUUGCUUAAAAGUCGAGACACCCUUCCAGAAGAAAGAGUGAAGGCAUUAGAAAAGAUAAUUAUGAAAUACUAUGAAGUGGAUUUCAUUACAAAAGACCACCUUGAGCAAGCAACAAACAUGAAGGUAAAAGUGUCAAAUGACAAGUAUCGUAUUCAUGGACAGAAAGUAUAUGAAAGGUAUGAAAAAACUGGAGUCAUGAAAUUGGAACAAAGAUGGCGCAAACAUUUCCUUGAAAGUAUGAAACCACAGCAUCUUCCAAAAUGCUGGUCAGUAAUGCACAACAUGUUUAAAAUGCGUCAAAAAAUGAGCUUUCUUCCUCUUGAUCACCCUGACCGCAUGAAGUUUCAGAUUGCAUUAGUAGGUUCUGAGGGGCAUAUAGAGGUGCCAUAUAUGCCUCCCCCAGCCAGGCAAAGCCUUGGAGAUUUCUCUUUUGAAGAAAAUGGAGACAGACUGACUUUUGAAGCUUAAUCCCAUUCUUUUUGUUGCUCUGGAUUUAAUGAUUUUUAGAUGAGAGCAUUUGAUGUUGCAUAUUAAAUAUCUUUUUCCAGUGCCUUGAGAGGAGAGCAGAUAUAUUUUUAUUACUUUAUCGUUCUAAAGCUUAAGCUUAAAGAUUUAAUAACCAGGAUGAAUACUCACCUUUCUGUAGUAUGCAGUACAAAUUAAAGAACUACUUUU